GUUGGGGUCUUGAACAAGACAAAAGUUGUAUUAAUGUAGAUAGAAUUACCGACAAUAUGUUAAGUAAAAGGACACAAGUGCAUCUAAUGUGACAUUUUGUUGUGGCAACGGCUUGAUGAAAGUCCUGGAGAGCGAAACGUUGCCACAAUAAAAUGUUACAUUAGUUGCACUUGUGUCCUGUUACAUAACGGGUCAAAAGUUUUGGUGGCACUCAGUGCCCCGCUACCCCUCACAGUGCCCCGCUACCCCUCACAGUGCCACUCCAGUUCCAAAUACAGUGCGUGUAUCUGGCAAAAUGUUUUCUGUUCAUCAGCAUCGACUGGGUGUAAUUUUGAGGCACCUCUCAGCCAGCAGUGUAAAAUGGGUGACCACUACAUCGCAGGGCUCCCAGCACUUGGCAUCUCAGCCAGGCACAGGUGAAACAAAGAUGUCAGAUCUGCUUUCAACAGAGGAUCUUAAGCAGAGACUCCGCAUUCAGUUUUCCAGGGCAAAACUUGGUCUCUUCACUCAGACUCCACCACACCAGGAGAAUAUUUUUGCUAAUAAUGCAUUUCUUACAUCCUAUUUAACUCAGAUUUUCCCAAAGGAAGUCCACAACGCUGUAUGGGCUGACUUGAUUCGCUUUGGUCAUAGGGCAGUAACAGAUAUAUACCCCUUAGGAAGGGAAUGUGAACUCAGCCAGCCUUAUGUUCGAGCCUUUGAUGCUUGGGGUAACAGAACUGAUGAUCUGGUUACUUGUCAAGCUUGGAAGGACCUCAAGAAAAUCUCUGCAGAAGAGGGCUUAAUUGCUUCGGCUUAUGAAGGAAAAUAUGGUGAAUAUGAUCGUCUGUACCAAAUGGUGAAGCUUUACAUCUUCUCACCUGUUUCGGGUCUCUACUCCUGUCCUUUAGCAAUGACAGAUGGUGCUGCGAAAACAGCAAAGAUGAUAACUUCAGAUCACCUGCAGGAAGCUUAUCAGCACCUUACCUCACGGGAUCCACAAAAAUUUUGGACAUCAGGUCAAUGGAUGACGGAGAAGCGGGGUGGAUCAGAUGUCAGUGGAUCAACAGAGACUGUCGCUCUGGAGCAGCCUGAUGGCACUUACCAGCUGUUUGGAUAUAAAUGGUUCAGCUCUGCCACUGAUGCUGAUAUGGCACUGACUCUAGCUAAUAUUAUCUCUGAAGAUCAACCUGAGCCAAAACCUCGAGGAUUGACAAUGUUUUACUUAGAAACAAGGAGAGAGGAUGGCAAACUGAAUGGCAUUGAAAUUGUUAAAUUAAAGAAUAAAUUGGGUACUCGCCAAGUACCCCCCCCGGGAGUUUCUCUUGAUGGUUCAGUAGCAACCCCCGGGUUUCCAGCUGGGGCCCGGGGUUAUUGCACAAUUGCCAACAUGCUUACCAUAAACGGGGAGCACAACUCUAUAUCAUCAUGUGCUUUAAUGGGGAGGCUUCUUGGUCGGGAGGAGGCAGGUGUGGCCACUCAUGAAGAGUCUCUUGUCCUCCGUAUCAUAACUCCCAUAAUGAAGUUCUUCACAGCUAAAAUGGCUAUGACCAUAACAUCUGAAGGCUUGGAGUGUUUUGGUGGACAGGGCUACAUUGAGGAUACUGGAUUACCUGCUCACUUACGAGAUGCUCAGGUUCUGCCAAUUUGGGAAGGUACUACAAAUAUUAUGUCACUGGAUUUCCUUCGAGCUGUGACGAAAUCUGAAGGAGAAGCUCUGACAGUUUUGUUUGGAGAUGUAAAAGCCCGUCUACAACAUGUGAUGUCAAGCACAGCAUCUGAGAGCUUGGGAGACUCCUGCCAGAAGGUGAACCUGGCUAUGGAUGAGCUCAUCAGCUUCAUGCAGAAACAUCCCCAUCUUAUCUUCCCAGGAGCUCGAGAUAUUGCCACAACUAUUGCUCAUAUUUAUAUUGGUAGCCUUCUGCUUGAGCAUGCUGCAUGGGAGGAGACGAGCAUCAGCAAAGAAGUAGCCAGCCGAUGGUGUCAGCAACCACUAACCUGCCUCACACCUGAACAAUACCAUGCUGAUAACAAGGCCUUAAUUAUGGAAGGUUACAAUGCCAGUGAGGUCUAUGGACCAAUGUUUUAAAUAUGAUUACCCACUUCUAAUCUGAACUUUUAGGGCCAAGAUGUUUUCAUUCUAGGCAAAUUUGUGAUAUGAAUCGAAGACCAAAAGUAUGCAAAUCUAUGGUAUUGUAUACACAAAAAGAAAGUACACAUAUGUACAUACCACUCACUGUAGUAAUUGUUUAAAUAUAUACAGUAAACUCUUAUAAUGCAAUUAAAUAUUGUGCAACACAAUUCAAGAAUUUCAACCAAAAAUUUGGAUAGUAUGCACAAAUCUUUUAAAUUAAACUUAAAGCAUUAAUGAAUUUGAUGAUGCACAAAUAUUGUAAAACUUGCCAUGGUACAUGGCUCCUUUACUCCCAUCUGACAUUAUUAUUAUAAUCAAGGUAAGGGUCAUACAGUGCUGGAGGGAGGGAAACGUAGAAGUAGGAAUGUGCAGAGGUUAGGAGUGAGUGAAGGGUAGAGGGGUGCAUGAGGGUAGGGGUUAGUGGAGGUGACUGUUAGUGUGAAAAGAAAAUGAAAAUCAAAGUUGGUUUCUGUUGAAAAGUCAGAGAGUGUGAGAGAGUGAAUGUGCAAUUAAAUGUGUGAGAGUGAGUGUGUGAGAGAGAGUGAAAGUGUGUGAGAGUGUGUGUGUGAGUGUGCUUGUACAUGUAUGUGUAGUGUGACCUAAGUGUAAGUAGAAGUAGCAAGAUGUACCUGAAAUCUUGCAUGUUUAUGAAACAGACAAAAGACACCAGCAAUCCUACCAUCAUGUAAAACAAUUACAGGCUUUCGUUUUACACUCACUUGGCAGGACGGUAGUACCUCCCUGGGUGGUUGCUGUCUACCAACCUACUACCUAGGUGUAUACAGAUAUCCCAAAAUAAACAUUGAAAAUAGAGGAGUUAAAAGCACAGUUUACUUGACAGAUUUUGUCAGUUAUACUGAGGUCUGGUUUGCUGAGGGUUUACUGUAUUUAAAUUUAUUGAAAUUUUGGGAACUAGCCAUAUUGUUUAAUAAGACUGUACAAUACAUUUAAGUUAAUAUUUCCUUUCCCAUUAAUAAACUGAAAAAAAAAAGUAUUUUAUCAGGAGAUAGUUCUUACUACAGAUAUGCUUGUUCUUCCUUUCCAAUACUAACACUUUAUUAGAAAAAUUGAUUGGGAUAUUUCUGUUGCAGGUAAGUUUAUUUUAAAAGAUAGUAUAAUACGUAUUUUGCUGUUAUGAAUAAGGCAUAAAUACUGUGCUGUAUUAUGACUUAUGCCUAUUGUAAUUAGGCAGGAAUUUUUUUGUGGGUCACACUCACUUGUUCUAUAUGCAUUUUGCUGCAAAAAUUCUAAUAUAAAUUCUAGUACAGAUUGACCAUCACUAAUCCGGCAAUAUCAGGACCUGUAGGGUGCCGGAUUAGUGAUUUUGCCGGAUUAUAGAGUGGUUAGGUUAGAAUACACUUAACCCAGUGAUGAUAUUUAUGUAUGAGUGAUUUCACCCACUUUAUGCCCUAUUUUUGGCCCAUUCCAUUGUUCCAGUCUACCAAUCCCAUAGCUAUUUUGCUAGUAUUCCUUCUAUUCUGUCAGUUGAGUACAAGAAACUACCCAUUUACCUUUUUCAACUACCCAAUAAAGUGGUCGGAAAUCAGUAAUUUGGCCAAUUUCACACAAAUUUCAAGAGAUGCCAAUGUCAAAAUAGGGUCCAAAAUAAACAGUGCAGACAUUCCUGGCACUAAUAUAACAUUUUCUCUAUUCAUUAACCACGUCUCCAGGUCCCUCUUAUAUUACGCUUGCUCUCCAUUUUUAAUUUUUAUUCACACAAAAAAUAUUAGAUUUACUGUUAUGCAGACUACUGCAUUGUAAUAUUUGUAUAAAUAAUGUCAACCCAUUCAUGACUGCGUAUUAGACUGGCCAGUUGGACACGUAUUGGACGCUGACGUCAUUUGUUUACUCUUGAACAUUGUCAAAAAUCAAACAUUUCCUCUACUUUAAGCUCAGUUUUAAGGUACUUUCUGUCAUCAUACCAAUCAAAAUCAUAUCUAUUUCUGUAAUAUAUUUUCCAUUCUAUCAAAUGAGAUGAAAAAAAUGAGAAUACAAUCAUAAAAACCAUACAAAAAUACACUGCAAAGUCGCUUCUUUACACCAAAAACACCUGGAAUAUACCUUCGCAUUAGACCUAUUCACUCAUAUGUAGGCCCAAAUUUACCGGGCACAGCUCAUGUGAGUGAGCUGGGCUCAUGGCGACCAACAGUGGCCUCCUUAUUUUUUAUGGACAAUGUACAGUGUAUGUUCUUUACACAAUGAGAGGCAUUUCUUUUAUUUGUUGGAACCAUGGCUAGAGCUAAAAGUGAACAGGUUAUAACAAUAAAUGGAUAAAAACAAGCUGGAAUGACAUCCGCAGCAAGUAGCGACACCAAACAGUAGCAGUAGGUUGGUGUGGCGACCCCGGAAAUUUGAAAUUAUGCUAGCCGAAAAUAGUGCCGGAUUAGUGAUGGAACCGGACUACUGAUUGCCGGAUUAGUGAUGGCUGACCUGUAUUACAUAGUACUAAGAUGGCACAGAAAAUUGUUGUUAUAUAGGUUAGUAAUUCACAAAUUUCAAGUAUGGAAUUUUGGUGAAAUACAAAAUAUACAUACACCUGGUGCUUUUUGCCAGAUGUCGGUGAUGUUAGGUGUGUCUAUAAAACGUAUUCAUGUGUGAUUUCUAGAAUCACCAAUUUUGAUUUCUAAAUUGUCAAUUAAUUUUAUUAAUGGAACUUGUUACCGUGUGUUGUAGUUCUCAUACUAACUACGUAUAUGUAUAUCUUUGAUAUGAUGCACUAUGCUAGUGACAGCUCAUAAUUUACUUCUUAAUUGUAAGAUAUUAAUUAAUGUAAAUUUUGUACAGUACUUAAAUAUUUUAUUAGUAACUUUCUCUUGGCAGAGUUUUAGCAAUUUGUAAGGGCAAAUUAGUUAUCUGAGGAUAUAUUUUUAUCAUAUAGAAACAAAUGUUUUCUUAGAUAUAAUCUGCUGAAGUGGAAUCCACAGUGAUAAUUAUAAUACAUAAUUAAGAACAUAAGAAAGAAGAAACAAUGCAACAGCCCUACUGGCCCAUGCAAGGCAGGUUCAAGUCACCUCCUGGCUUAAACCAGUGACCCACCUAGUCAUGUCAGGUCACAUCCACUUAAGGAAAAAGCAUGGCAUCAGACCUUUUAUUACAAGCUAGUCAGGUCCAACUCACACCCACCUACACCCACUCAUGUAUUUAUCCAACCUAUUUUUAACCCCUUCAGGGUCCAAGGCCCAAAUCUGAAGUGGUGCCCCAGUGUCCAAGAAUUUAAAAAAAAAAAAUUUGUUAUUUUUUCUUAUGAAAUGGUAGAGAAUCUUUUUGCGAAGGUAAUAAAACAAAAAGUACGAAAUUUGAUGGAAAACUGACGAAAUUAUGCUCUCGCGAAUUUUGAUGUGUCAGCGAUAUUUACGAAUCGGCGAUUUUGCCGACUUUGACUUCCAUUUUAGGCCAAUUACAUCAUUCCAGUCAACCAAAUUCUUAGCUAUUUUACUAGUAUUACUUCUAUUCUAUCGAUUGAGCACAAGAAAUCGCCAAGUCAACUGUUUCAACUACAAAAUAAAGUGAUCGGAAAUUGGUAAUUUGGCCAAUUUAACACAAAGUUCAAAAUAUUCCAAUUUCAAAAUAGCAUCCAGAAUAAACAAUGUAGGCAUUCCUGGCACUAAACUAACAUUUCCUCGGUUCAUUAGUUACGUUUUGAGGCUUUACAAAUAAAUCCCAUUUUUAUUUUUUAUUUACAUAAUGAAUUUUUAUUCACACCAAAAAAUAGAAGAUUUACUGUUAUGCAAUAUUGUAAUAAUUGUAUAAAUAUCAUCACCACAUUUGGGAAUGUGUAUUAGAUCCACCAGCUGGCGUGUAUUAGACAUGUGAGGUCGUUUGUUUACUCUUGAACAUCGACAAAAAUUUAACAUUUCCGCUACUUUGAGCUCAGUUUCAAGCCAUUUCCAGUGCUAAAACCAAUCAAAGUCAUCUCUAUUUCUGUAAUAUGUCUUCCAUUCUAUCAAAUGAGACCAAGAAAUUGCAAAUACAACUAUAAAAAACAUACGAAAAAACACUGCAAAGUUGCUGUUUUAAUCGAAAAUCUUGGUUUCAGUUUUUUUUCUCUCAUUAUACACAGUGUGCUGCAGGAUUUGUUUUAUGUGGUGCACACAUACCACAUAGAUGUAUUCUCUCAUAUCUAGGCCCAAGUGUACCACUCACAGUUUAUCAGGGUGAGCUGAGCUCAUGACGUAGAUCUACGGUUUGGACACUGAAUGCAAAUCCGUAGAUCUACGGGACGGACCCUGAAAGGUUUAAAGCUACACAAUGUUCUAUGAUGGUACUCAGGAGUUUAUUCCACUCAUCCACAACUCUAUUACCAAACCAGUGCUUUCCUAUAUCCUUCCUGAAUCUGAAUUUUUCCAACUUAAAACCAUUGCUUUGAGUCCUGUUUUGGCUAGAUAUUUUUAGAACGCUAUUUACAUCCCCUUUAUUUAUUCCUGUUUUCCACUUAUACACCUCAAUCAUAUCUUCCCUAAUUCUAUGCCUUUCUAGAGAGUGCAGAUUCAGGGCCCUCAGUGUAUCCUCAUAGGGAAGAUUUCUGAUACAUUGGAUCAACUUGGUCAUCCUCCUUUGUAUGAGGGAAGAUUUCUGAUACAUUGGAUCAACUUGGUCAUCCUCCUUUGUAUGUUUUCCAGUGCAUUUAUAUCCAUUCUGUAAUACAGUGACCAAAACUGUGCAGCAUAAUCUAAAUGAGGCCUAACCAAAGAUAUAUAGAGUUGAAGAACAACCUGAGGACUCCUAUUAUUUAUGCUCCUUGAUAUGAAGCCAAGGAUUCUGUUUCUUUAUUGCGAACACUUAUGCACUGUUGUCUUGGUUUUAGAUUACUGCUAACCAGAACUCCAAAAUCCUUUUUUGCAGUCAGUAAUAUUAAGAUAUACAUUAUUUAGUUAAUACGUGGCAUGGUUAUUUUCUUGUCCAAUGUUUAGAACUUUGCAUUUGUCCAUAUUAAACUGCAUUUGCCACUUCUCCAACCACUGCAUCAACCUAUUCAAAUCUUCCUUGAGUGCUCUAAUGUCCUCAUUAGAGUGAAUUAGGCGACCUAUUUUGGUGUCAUCAGCAAACUUGCUUAUGUCGCUAUAUAUUCCUUCAUCAAUGUCAUUUAUAUAAAUUGUGAACAGCAAAGGGCCCAACACUGACCCCUGUGGAAAACCACUCGUGAUGUGCCCCCACUCUGAUUUCUCCCCAUUGAUGCAAACUCUCUGCUGCCUAUCUGUCAACCUUGCCUCUACGCAGGAAAAAAUUUCUCUUCCUAUUCUGUGUGCUUUAAUUUUCCUCAAUAGCCUCUGAUGUGGAACUCUAUUAAAAGCCUUACUGAAGUCCAUAUACACAGUAUCAUAUUCAUUACCAUAAUCUACCUUCUCAAAUCCCUUGGUGAAAAAGUUAGUAAAUUUGUAAGGCAGGAACGCCCCUUUAUAAAACCGUGAUGAGAUUCAUUGAUCAAUUUAUGCCUUUCGAGAUGGCUAUGAAUUGCCUCGGCACUUAUUGAUUCCAUAAAUUUUCCCACUGUGGAGGUAAGGCUUAUUGGUCUAUAGUUCGAAGCUAAGGACCUGUCACCUGCUUUGUAAAUAGGUAUUACAUUUGCCAUUUUCCAUUUAUCUGGCACUAUGCCAGUUUGUAGUGAUAUGUUAAAAAGAUUAGCCAAAGGUUUGCUAAGCUCCUCUUUACAUUCCUUUAAAACCCUUGCAAAUAGUUCAACAGGGCCUGGGGAUUUGUUUGGUUUUAAUUUCUCUAUUUGUCUGAGGACCAUGUCAGUAGUUACCCUAUUCAUGCAUAGUUUAUUAUCAUCCUAUUCAAAGGGGACAAAAGAGAGUGCAGAAAUUAUAGGGGGAUAAGUCUGUUGAGUAUACCUGGUAAAGUGUAUGGUAGAGUUAUUAUUGAAAGAAUUAAGAGUAAGACGGAGAAUAGGAUAGCAGAUGAACAAGGAGGCUUUAGGAAAGGUAGGGGGUGUGUGGACCAGGUGUUUACAGUGAAACAUAUAAGUGAACAGUAUUUAGAUAAGGCUAAAGAGGUCUUUGUGGCAUUUAUGGAUUUGGAAAAGGCAUAUUACAGGGUGGAUAGGGGGCAAUGUGGCAGAUGUUGCAGGUGUAUGGUGUAGGAGGUAGGUUACUGAAAGCAGUGAAGAGUUUUUACGAGGAUAGUGAGGCUCAAGUUAGAGUAUGUAGGAAAGAGGGAAAUUAUUUCCCAGUAAAAGUAGGCCUUAGACAAGGAUGUGUGAUGUCACCGUGGUUGUUUAAUAUAUUUAUAGAUGGGGUUCUAAGAGAAGUAAAUGCGAGGGUCUUGACAAGAGGCCUGGAGUUAAAAGAUAAAGAAUCACACAUAAAGUGGGAGUUGUCACAGUUGCUCUUUGCUGAUGACACUGUGCUCUUGGGAGAUUCUGAAGAGCAGUUGCAGGGAUUGGUGGAUGAAUUUGGUAGGGUGUGCAAAAGAAGAAAAUUAAAAGUGAAUACAGGAAAGAGUAAGGUUAUGAGGAUAACAAAAAGAUUAGGUGAUGAAAGAUUGGAUAUCAGAUUGGAGGGAGAGAGUAUGGAGGUGAAUGUAUUCAGAUAUUUGGGAGUGGACGUGUCAGCGGAUGGGUCUAUGAAGGAUGAGGUGAAUCAUAGAAUUGAUGAGGGGAAAAGGGUGAGUGGUGCACUUAGGAGUCUGUGGAGACAAAGAACUUUGUCCUUGGAGGCAAAGAGGGGAAUGUAUGAGAGUAUAGUUUUACCAACGCUCUUAUAUGGGUGUGAAGCAUGGGUGAUGAAUGUUGCAGCGAGGAGAAGGCUGGAGGCAGUGGAGAUGUCAUGUCUGAGGGCAAUGUGUGGUGUAAAUAUAAUGCAGAGAAUUCGUAGUUUGGAAGUUAGGAGGAGGUGCGGGAUUACCAAAACUGUUGUCCAGAGGGCUGAGGAAGGGUUGUUGAGGUGGUUCGGACAUGUAGAGAGAAUGGAGAGAAACAGAAUGACUUCAAGAGUGUAUCAGUCUGUAGUGGAAGGAAGGCGGGGUAGGGGUCGGCCUAGGAAAGGUUGGAGGGAGGGGGUAAAGGAGGUUUUGUGUGCGAGGGGCUUGGACUUCCAGCAGGCGUACGUGAGCGUGUUUAAUAGGAGUGAAUGGAGACGAAUGGUUUUUAAUACUUGACGUGCUGUUGGAGUGUGAGCAAAGUAACAUUUAUGAAGGGGUUCAGGGAAACCGGCAGGCCGGACUUGAGUCCUGGAGAUGGGAAGUACAGUGUCUGCACUCUGAAGGAGGGGUGUUAAUGUUGCAGUUUUAAAACUGUAGUGUAAAGCACCCUUCUGGCAAGACAGUGAUGGAGUGAAUGAUGGUGAAAGUUUUUCUUUUUCUGGCCACCCUGCCUUGGUGGGAAUCGGCCAGUGUGAUAAUAAAAAAUAAAUAAUAAAAAAUAUUCUACAUAAUUUUUUAUUUCUGGAAUUUCGCUAAUGUCUUCCUGCAUAAAAUCUGAGAGGAAAUAAGUGUUAAAAAUUUCACACAAUUCCUUAUCACUGUCAGUGAUCUGACCGGAGUUACUUUUGAGUGGGCCUAUCUUGUCCCUAAUCUUACUUCUAUAUACCUGAAAGAAGCUUUUUGGGUUAAUCUUUAAAUCCCUUGCCACUUUAGCCUCAUAAUCUCUUUUAGCUUUUCUUAUUCUCUUUUUUACUUCUCUCUUUAACUGAAUAUAUUGAUUUCCUACCUGCCAUCCCCUCUUUUGAUAUGCAUAUAUAUGCCUCCCUCUUGACCAGUGAGAUGUUUUAAUCUAUUAUUUAUCCAUUUGGGAUCAUUUUUGGUUGAUCUAAUUUCCCUACUUGUAACAUAAGUUGUCUGGGCAACUAGAACUAUGCUCUGAAAAAUGCCAUAUUGGCAACCAACACCACCUACCUGACCCAUAGUCAGAUUGUUCUAAUUUAGCCCUGCCAGGGAAUUUCUCAGUCCUAUGAAAUCAGCCCAGCAGAAGUCUGGGACAGACUUGAUUGCAAUUAUUUGGGUAGUUAUUUGAAACUAAGUGAUUUGUGAUCGCUUUCUCCAAACUCAUCAUUAACCUUAAGAUUAUUAAUUAGCGAUUCCUUGUUGGCAAGAACCAAGUCAAGCAGAUUGUUUCCUCUAGUUGGUUCUGCCACAAACUAUUUUAAAAAGCAGUCCUGAAUCAUAUCAAGUCACUAGACUCAAGAAUUCCUAUCAUACUGUUCCAAUCAGUUUGUCUAAAGUUAAUAUCUCCCAUUAACACGACAUUUUCAUAUCUAGACGCCUUAUGAAUUUCAUCCCAUAGCAGCUUACUGUACUCCCUAUCAAGAUUUGGGGGCCUAUAAAUCACACCCAAAACUAAUUUGUCACAACGCUCAAGAAACUAUAGCCAAACUAAUUUGUCACAACCCUCAAGAAACUGUAGCCAAACAGAUUCUAAUCUUAUAUCUUGUCUAACACAACAAUUUAAGUUAGCUCUGACAUACAUCACCACUCCACCACCCUUCCCGUUGACCAUAUCAGAGUGGAAUAGUUCGUAGCCUUGUAUGUGGCAUUCAGGGGGCAUUUCUCUAUCUUUCAGGUUGAACCAGGUCUCCAUUAUAGCAAUAAUAUCAAUAUUACCUGCACAUGCUAAUGCUGAUCGAUUGUAAUAGACCAGUUUUUGAUUAAUUGUAAUUAAUUAAUAAAAUUAAAAUAAAUUAUUAA